AUGGGAAAAAGACUCGUUCGAGCUAGGGCUAGAUCCGAGAAACCUGUUGUCGAGGAUUUCAUAGAUUUAGGUUUGUUGCCUCAGAAUGAAAUUCUGAAGUUCGACAGAAUUUUCCCCUCUCGACAGGAUACUAAAGAGAAGGUCCAAAGAUUCUUGGAGAUUUUAGUGGAAAAAAGAAGCUUUGGAGUGGUAGAAGCUUGCCUUUUAGGGAAUCUUAGCUCAUCCAUCGCGAUUGAAGACCCAAAAUCAACUAUGUCUAUAGGUGCAAGGCAAACUUGCUAUGGUGCUCUACUCAACACUCCUUUCAAUGUGGAUGACUUCCUUUUGACAAAUUCUGUUGUGAAAAUCGAGAAAUCCACCAUUACAGGUGCAAGAAAAAUAGAAAACAAGGCAAAGAUUAUCGAUCCCAAGAAGAGGAAAUUCACUUUGGAGGUGGGCCAGGAAGUGUUUUAUGGGAUCAAUCCUUUCUAG